AUGUCCGGCUCACCAGAGGCUUGCUUGGCAGGUCGAGCCAUUGCUUCCCCCUCUGGGCCCAGCAAUCAUGGAGCAGCAGCCCAGCAGAAUCCGCCACCACCACCCGCCGCUGACGAGAAACCCCCCGCGACAACAACAGAGAAAACCAUAUCCUGCGUAUCGUGUCGAAAACGAAAAUUGAAAUGCGAUCGUGUCAAGCCAAAAUGCGGGACAUGCACGAGGUUGCGGCAUGACUGUGAAUAUCCCGAACGACGACGGAAUCCCGGUUCAAAGCGGCGGAACAUGAAGGAGUUGGAGGCAAGACUGGCCCAGGUAGAGACACAGCUCGUCUCCGAAACUGCGAAAUCGAGAGCCUCGAACCGUACUCCGUUGGCACAAGAUGCGGAAACUGGCUGGAACAGCUUCCCUCUGGAUAUGCAUGUCGAUUUUCAGGACGAGACCUUCAUGGAUCAGUCAUUUGGUAUACCGAACAGUGUAUAUAGCUUAGAGUCUGGAAUGCCAAGCUCGGAUUUCUCUACGCAAGAAGUUAUCAGCCUCGGCCUGCAGGAGCCAUUACCGCCCGACGAGAUGGUGAACGACUUGCACCGAUUGUACUUCGAGAAGUAUCACUUUACCAUGCCGAUGAUGCACAAACAGCGAUAUCUGGCGGCUCUGAAACUCCCAGCACAUAUGCGACCUCCUGUCUGCCUACGAUAUGCAAUGUGGGCACUUGCUGCGACCUUUUCCGACAAAUAUUCCCAAUAUGAAGAUCUUUUAUAUGAACGAGCGCGCCGAUACGCAGAGGCCGCUGAGAUGAAGGGCCAUGGCGAGAGUUUUGUCACGAUUCAACAUGCCCAAACAUGGGUAUUGAUUGCAACUUACGAAGCUAAAAAGACCUACUUCACACGCGCGUGGAUGAGUACUGGGAGAAUGGUUCGCCUCGUGCAAAUGCUAGGCUUGCAUCGCCUCGAUGGUGUAGCAUCAGAGGUCAAACAAAUCUUACCUCCGGCGAGAGAUGUCACCGAGCUGGAAGAACGUCGCCGAACUUUCUGGGCUGCUUUCUAUGGUGAUCGCUGGGCCAGCUCUGGCACUGGCUGGGCAAUGAUCAUCCAGGAAAAAGAGAUCAUGACGAAUCUACCUUCUUCCGAAGAAGCUUUCGAGCAGGGUAUUGCGGAACAGGGCAUCACUCUGCAGGAAGCAUUGACGCCCGAGGGAGCAUCCAAGAUCUCUCCAUUCGGCGGAGUUGUACUAUCCGCUUGUCUUUUCGGUCACAAUUUCAUCCACCUUCACCAAGGCGGGCCGGAUGAUCACCCAGAGGAUCUGGCCAAUGGAGAGUUCUGGAAAAGACACCGCACGAUGGACAACAUUUUAUCUAACACAUUCAUGUUUCUACCUGAACAUUUACGGAUGCCCGCUGGCCUUCGGGAUAUGAAUAUCGUUUUCCUUCACAUGAAUAUACAUGCCUCGACUAUUUGUCUCCAUCAAGCUGCGAUUUUUACAGCCGAACGAAACAAGCUGGAUCCUGCUUUUAUAAGACAGAGUCGAGCUCGAAGUCUCAUGUCAGCGGAGGAAAUUGUCAACAUAAUGAGGCUCGUGAGCCAUCUUGACGUUGCAGAUAUGAACUCAUGGAUGGGCUUUUGCCUCUAUAUAGCCGCCGGUGUUUUCAUCCAGGAUCAAAGAAGUGAAUCCAGGAGCUCAACCAGCAUGUCCAAUCUAGAGUUUCUACUUGCGGCAAUGAAAGCCAUUGGUAACCGACAUUCCAUCACCAUUCACUUCACGACUCAGGUUGAACUCGAUAUCGAAAAUAGCGGAAUACGUAACACCGGGUCUUCGAGUCACAAGGAUAUGCCAAACACACCGAUCAAUGGUAUUCCGAUUGAACGAGAUAAUGUACCGAUGGGCAUUCACCAUGGUUUCUAUGCAUAUAUGCCGAACAAAGACAAGCCCGAGUUCGAUAUGCAGGAGCCACUAACUCCACUACUUCCUGGAAUUCUACCGGCUGGAAGUCGAACAGCUAGCCCUCACGACAGCCCAUGUGCUGCUGCUAUGUCGAACUUCGGCGCAGGAUUCCCGUCCCAGACAAGAGCCCAUGAACACACCCGAACCCCACGUAACCCUUCGUCAACUACUUACGAGAACUACGCUUCGCCAACCACGUACGACAACUACGCUUCGCCAAACCCUCUGGAUAUGUCAGCGGAUGAGGUUAAUAACAUGUCCUCCUAUGUCGAUAUACACCAAAAUUCCUUCAACUCGGCCAGCACGCCUUCGACCAAGCCCUCCAAUCCGCGGCCAAUGCAGUUUCCUUAUCGGCAAGGCCACGGACCCAGUGAUUUCGUUAUGUUUCCACAGGAGACUAUUGACUCAACCCCCGUGGAUCCCAGCUCUGAAUGGACCUUUAUCCCGACACUUGAGAGAGCGCGUCCCUUCUAG